CGCCCCUCCGACUGUCUUUACAAGUCAGUCGCCUUUUGGCGGUGAAAUUCAGAAACGCCGUCCAACUCCCGCGGUUGGUUUACCGGCACUACAAAUUUCCUGGUGAAGAGGAGAAUUAGAAAAGAAGGAAACGCGACGUUGGAGCGAGAAUGAGUAAGAGGCCACCGCCGGACCCUGUGGCCGUGCUCCGAGGUCAUCGGGCCUCUGUCACCGACGUUUCUUUUCAUCCGUCUGAACCUCUUCUCUUUUCGGGCUCUGCAGAUGGUGAGUUGCGUAUUUGGGACACGGCUCAGCAUAGAACGGUAUCAUCAGCAUGGGUGCAUAGUGCGGCACACGGAAUUAUUAGUAUUGCUUGUAGUCGUUCAAUUGGGACAAAUAGAGUUGUCAGCCAGGGUAGGGAUGGAACUGUGAAGUGCUGGGAUAUUGAUGAUAGGGCUCUGUCCAGAGUUCCCUCUGUAACAAUCAACACAAAUGCCUAUCACUUUUGCAAACUCUCCUUGGUGAAGCAGCCUUCUGAUUUUUCAAGGCAUGAUGGUGGUCCUAAGUGUAGUAAUGAUAUAGACCAGAACCCCGUCGAGGUCGAAACUUUGAGCUGCAGUGGAGAAAAGACUCAAGAAAAUUCUACUGAGCAGGCAUGCAUAUCAGAAGCGGACGGACUUAAGUAUGUGGCUGUUGCCGGGGAGCAAUCUUCAGAGGUUGAAAUUUGGGAUCUGAAUUCUGGGGAAAGGUUGCUACGACUUCCUCCAAACUGUGAAGGGGAUUGCCCAAAUAUCUCUACGAAGGAGAGAGGAUUGUGCAUGGCAGUCCAAGCCUUUUUACCGUCUAAAUCUCAGGGAUUCUUAAAUGUCUUGUCUGGAUACGAGGAUGGUUCCAUGCUUUGGUGGGAUCUAAGGAAUCCGGGUGUUCCAGUAACAUCAGUGAAGUGUCAUUCAGAGCCAGUUCUAAGCAUUUGUGUUGAUGGAUCUUGCAAUGGUGGUAUCUCAGGAGCUGCAGACGACAAAAUUGUGACUUUUAGUUUGGAUCAUUCCAUGGGUACAUGUCUAGUGAAGAAAGAAAUUACUUUGGAACGGCCUGGCAUAGCAAAAGUCUCUAUUCGACCAGAUGACAAGAUUGCUUCAACUGCUGGUUGGGAUCACAGAGUACGGAUAUAUAAUUAUCGGAAAGGAAGCCCCCUUGCUAUAUUGAAGUAUCAUCAGGCCUUGUGUAAUGCUGUAUCAUACUCGGACAACUGUAAAUUAAUGGCAUCUGCGUCAGAAGACAGAACAGUGGCACUCUGGGAACUCUAUCCUCCUCGAACUUGAAUUCAAAUGGCUGCCGUUGUUUCUCGCUUGGGAGGAGGGUAUAGGCAUCUGACUUACCAUGCCCUGAUGUACCUUUAUUUAUUACUAUUAUUUUCUUUCUUUUUAAUCUUUUUAAUCUUUUUGUAAUUUAUUUCACUGUGGUACAUUUACUGAUAAAAGGUAAAAAGCACCCUCCCAACUUUUCGCAUCUGUAGCAUCUCUUCACUUCACGGAA